UCCCGCUCCGCCAUGCAGCCCGUCUCACCCGGUCCUCACUUGGGUUUGCGAGACUGAAAGUCUUCUGCUUUGAUCACCUGCAUGCCGCCCAAGCUCCCGUGGUCUGCUGUCUUUAUCCCACAGAUCUACAUAUCAAGGCCUCGAUCUGCCCUUCUUGAACUCCCGUCGGUUUUCUGGCCUUCUCUCGUCUUUGUCAAUAGUCUGAACCGAAAUCUUGAUACUGCUCUUAACGAAACCAUCCAGUCCAACUUCAACUUCAACAGCCUCGCAGCAAACCUUUUGACUUACACAGACGACGUACACCCACCCAAGUCUGUCACUCUCAACAACCACGUCAAGAACGCAACACCAACAACCUCACAUCGAAUCCGCGACUACAGUCCCCGUAGACCGGAUGGCCACCCGCCGGUGGUACCUCGAAACCUCCCCCGACGGCAAAUACCAAUUCGUCUCCCUCAAACGCUCCCGCUCCCACCACCACCACCGCCAUCACCAUCACCACCACGAAGAACCCGCUCCUCCAGCCCCAGCUCCAUGCCCAACCCCAACACCAGCACCACCACCAGUCCACCGCUGCUGCCGCGACGACUGCGCACACAUCACCGCGCCCGAAUACAACGACCUCCUAGACCGCGAACGCAAGCUCCGCGAAUCCAACGACGUCCUCGCGCGCGAAAACUACGCCCUAAAAUGCAACCUCCAAGCCUCCGACAUUGAAGGCCGCCGCCUCUCGGCCCUCCUCAUCGCAUCGCAGGCGGAGAACCAGCUCCUGCGCGAGGACAAUGACGGGUUACGGCGCACCAUUGAGAGCUCGGGCGGGAACGCGGGCAAGUACCUGCGCGAGGUGGAGCGCUUGAAGCAUAAGCUGCAAAAGGUGGAGCGGGAGCUGGCGGCGAGGUUGAGGCACGGGUUGCACCAUCAUCAUCAUGGGAUUGGUCACGGGGUGGCGGAACGGAUUGAGGAGUUGAAGAGGGUUGUAAGGGCGUGGGAGGGCAAGUUUGAUGUUGUGGAGGAGCGUAAUCAGCGGUUGAUGAGGGAUUUGAAUGAGCAGCGGUGUGUUAUUGCGAGUCGGGAUGAGAGGAUUAGGGAGUAUGAGAGGAUUUUGAGGAGGCAUGGGUUUAUAAGGCUUCCAUCAGAAAUUGCAGGGCAUCGUUCUUAUUGGAUUGCGAUUUGAGAUAGACUUUUUGCUGACGAUGGUUCAUUGGAUACUCCGUCAUGCAGGCACUGCAAGAUGGCUAUUGGGUACGCUUAUUGGAGCAUCGCAGUUCCCGACCUUCGCUCACGACACCUUUCAUU